AUGUCCUUAUUACAAAGACUGUCAAAGUUGCCCAGGGAGUUGCACAGUUUUAAAAACGUUGUUCAGAGGUGCCCAAGGCGGCACGAGAGUUUUAUGUCAACGUCUCGACAAUCUUCGACAUUAAAAACAGUAUUGAAAGCGAGUUUAGUAGGAAUCUCUAUUGGAUUCCCAGUUGGUAUAGUGAUCACGUCUGGUUAUAACUGGUAUGUAAGUAAACAGACUUCAAAGAGAUUUCAUCUUCAAGGGAAGGAAGAAAGGAUUCAAGUAUUACAAGAAAAACCAACAGUACCCAUCUCUAGGAAGAUUGUCUUUCCCGUGGAUACUUCCGACUUAAAAUUAACACUGUACCAAUAUCAAACAUGUCCUUUUUGUUGCAAAGUCAGAGUAUUUUUAGACUACUUUGGUAUCUCUUAUGAUAUCGUGGAAGUCGAUCCAGUGUUGAGGAAAGAAAUAUCAUGGUCCCCUUAUAAGAAAGUGCCGAUUCUCUUGGCAGAGACAGAAUCUGGUUAUCAGCCCUUGAACGAUAGUUCAAUGAUCAUCUCUUUACUGUCAUCACAUUUGAAGGAUAAAUCGCAAAAAAUAGAUGAACUCGUAGACUACUAUCCGAGCAUAGCAAUGCUCGAUGAUAAUCAGAAGUUUAAGAAUGAAAUAAUGAAUAAAUACUUUUUGAUGUACAAAGGGAGCACGUUUCCAGAUAAGGACAUGGAGGAGAUCAUGCAAGAACGUAAAUGGAGACAAUGGGCCGAUGAUGUAUUUGUUCACACACUAUCACCGAACGUAUAUAGGACGCUCAACGAGGCAUACAAAACUUUUAAUUGGUUCUCCGAUGUUGGCAAAUGGGCGGAAUAUUUUCCAACGUGGGAAAGAUUAAUAAUGAUAAACGUGGGAGCUACAGCCAUGUGGCUUGUAGCUAAACGAUUGAAAAAGAGGCAUCAGCUGAAAGAGGACGUUCGAAUGUCUUUCUACGAUGAGAUUAACAAAUGGCUGUCAGCUAUUAAAAAACGCGGUGGCAGGUUUAUGGGAGGAGAACGACCGAAUUUAGCGGACCUCGCUGUGUACGGAAUUCUGAAGAGCAUAGAGGGAUGCGACGCUUUUAAGGAUGCGUUGGAAAAUACGAAACUUGGCACGUGGUACGAUGCCAUGAUGAGGGAAGUGGAAACGCAUUCGGGAGGCAAAUAUUUAAUAGCUAAAUAAUGUAAAUAAAUCUUUGAUUAGUAUUAUUCUAA